AUGGAAAACAAUCACUCGAGUUCACGAAAGUUCAUCGAUUUGAUUUUCAAAGCCUCGUCCAAAUGGGCGAAUUGGAAUCCACCGCACGAGAUCAAGGUGGGAGACUACGGCAAACUCGACUCCAAGACGGGCGAGUUUAACAGGCAAGGGAAUAUCUAUGACGAUACGACUAUUUACAACGACGAACAUCUCGCCAAGCUUGUGAAAGACCAUCCUCCCAAGGCAGCUGCCCGUGAGGACGUCUACAUCGCUGCGUCUUCCAAGGUGAAACGUGGUGAUCUCAAGUCGAGCGCUGAAGGUGAAGUUGCUGGCCUAGCCGAAGCGUCGAUUAAAGGCCAGUGGGCCUUUGGCUCCAAACGUGGAGCAUUGUUGAUCAUGGCAAAUCCGCGUAGUUCCCAUAUCCCUCAAGGCACGCUUCUUGAGCAUUUGGCGAAGCUUCCGAUCAUGAAAAACAUGGUCCUCAUCACGGAAGUGUUUUCUUGUCCAGCGUAUAGCUUGUACUUGUCAAGUGGAAAUAGUGAAGUCCUGGACCUUGCACUGGUUGGUUCGUUUCCUCUACCUCAUACUCCCGGAGUGACGGGGGGAGGUGGAAUUGAAGGGAAGUGGUGGGUACAGAAUACGACAGGGCUAUUUCGAAGCGCCCGUGAACCUAAUGGAAGAGAUGAUUACACGCCGUUGUACAUGCUCAAAGAGAUUCGGAAGAAAAAGGGUCUCUUCAGCGGCAGACGCGGAGAAAUUGGGCCUAAGCCUGAGGGUGACGAUCUUUGGGUUGACGUCCAGGUACCAUGGGACCCGCUCAACGAGGACGGGGACGAGGAACCCUUUGAGGAUACGAUUUUCGACUGA